AUGCCGUUAGUCCCCACCAGCGUGACGUCACUCAACGCGGAGGGCUCUGUCCUGCUGGGCCACGAGCUGUUCACCAACGACGUGCUCUACCUGGAGGCCGCCUUUGACAUGCGGCCGCUGCCCGUGGAGCUGCUGCCCCUCGUGCCCCUCUUCUGCCGCAGCCUCACACAGAUGGGCACCGAGAAGGAGAGCUUCGUGGAGCUGACUGAGCGCAUCGGCCGCAAGACCGGCGGCGUCAGCGUCUACCCCUUCACCAGCGCCAAGCGGGGCCAGGACGAGCCUGUUGCCUACAUCAUGCUGCGGGGCAAGGCCAUGGGGGCCACCGCGGGCGACAUGGUGGCCAUCAUGAGGGACAUCCUCACGACGGCCCGGCUGGACGACAAGGCGCGCUUCACCCAGAUGGUCCUCGAGACCAAGGCCGGCCUCGAGAGCGGCAUCAUCGGCAGCGGCCACCGCUUCGCGUCCGCGCGCCUCGCGGCGCAGCGCAGCACCGCGGGCUGGGUGUCUGAGGCGAUGGGGGGGCUCAGCUACCUGGAGUACGUGCGGGCGCUGGCCAAGAGGGUGGAGAGCGACUGGGACAGCGUGAAGGCCGACCUGGAGCGCAUCCGCACCCUGCUGCUGCAGCGCCGCGGCGCCAUCAUCAACGCCACCGGCGACGCGCGCGCCCUCGGCGCGGCGCAGCGCUACGCCGCGGAGGAGCUGCUGGCGGCGCUGCCCGCGGAUAGCGCGCCGGCGGCGGGCUGGAAGGGCGCGUUGCCGCGGGUCAACGAAGCCCUGGUGGUUCCCACCCAGGUCAACUACGUGGGCAAGGCGGCCAACCUGUACGCCGACGCGGGCUACACCCUCAGCGGCGCCGCUUACGUAAUCGAGAAGUACCUCGGCACCAGCUGGCUCUGGGACAAGGCAGCGUUUCUUUUUGGUGGAGAGUGA